AUGAUAUGCUUCAGCUAUUCACUUCUAGUGAACCUAUUUGGAGAGUUUGACAAAGGCCCGGGACUGACUCAGCUAUCCUCUUCCAGUAAAGACCUGUCGAGCCUUCCAGUAAAGACCUGUCGAGCCUCGAAUGCUUCUCUGCUUUUCAUAUCAGAAGGCCAGUUUUCACUUGAAGACAUCACGUAUCACGAAAUUGACGUUGUACGAAAACCUCAGGGAACCCGUAGAGUUCGGGUUGUAGAUUACGGAACUCACCGUGGCUCCGUUCAACUCCCCUAA